AUGCAGGUAUUUGAGCGCUUUGCUGAGCUCGGGUGGCAUCAGUUCAUUGACCCUGCUGAGACCUUUGAGUUCUUCUCUGUCUCCGGCGUCUUUCGUCGAGCCAAUGUCGACGUAUCACUACAUACAGGACAUUAUGGUACAGAGGAUCUUAUGCAGCGCAGUGCUCUCUUUGACGUGUGUCUUAGGAGCGGUCUAGCACACUUGAUAGUGGCUUAUAUUCGCGCUGAGGAGUCCCAGUCACAACCCGAAGGUGCCUUUGCUGGCGUAAAAAACUAUGUAUUGAAGGAACCAAUUGCAGUGCAGCAAUGGGUCCGUCGUUGUCUUGAGAGCAGUGAGCGAAAUGUGAGCGAAAUGGUGAACGAACAAGAGUUUAGCGGCCGCGAGUCAACACGCACGACGUCCAAGACGGAGGCCGUGGAAGAAGAAUUACGAUGUCUCAAUGGACUGCGUAUGAUCUUGAUUACACUUUUGGAGAGAUUUAAAGAAGGAUCUCGUCAGGCUGCGUACAGCUUCAAUGGCACAGAUGUAGCGAGCAAUGUUGUGAAUGAGACGGAGCUUAGUCGCCUAACAACUGCAAGUAUUCAGAAUUUGUUGCAAUUGCUGUCUCAAACUCAGAGUGCAGCGUGUGCUUGCGACUGUAUCUUGUGGCUCAAUGAGAACGACGUGGCGACUGAAAGUAAGAUGUACAAGGCAUUUUACAGCCAGGCGAGAUCGCUGCGCCUUACGUACCGUGAACAGUUUGAGGAGGUUUACGGCAACAAACUUUCAUCGAUUAGUGGACUGAAGAAACCGAUGUUGUUGAUUGAGCACGUGAUGAAGAGUGCGGGCAUCUCACUCAAGGACCUUGGCGGAAGCUGCCCACCGACACAGUUAAGGCAUCUGCUGGAGCUUCUGAGAACAGCAAGCAUCCAGGAAAAUGUUGUUCAGUUCUACGGUGAUGAAGUUGAUUGUGAACCCAUUGAAGGAUAUUUUCGAGUGCAAGUGGCUUUGCUACUGUAUUUCUGUUUGGAUAGAGCCUACCUAAGUGUGUGGAAACAGCAUACUCAGAGUGGUGCUCGUAUUUCCAACAAAAUGCGCUCAUUAGCUGACUCACUUGCGGCACAAUUGAGCGUGCGCGAUGAUAUGAAGUUGACUUUGCUUGCUUUGUGGUUGAUGGAGAACGCAGUCGUGGUGAACACGUCAGGUGACGACCAGGUAGCUGCUAUUUACGAAAAUGCCAUUGGUCUUUUGCAGCAGUCGAGUGCAAUGCAUCUUCACCAAAAGUACGAUCUGGAGAUUGAUUUGAUUCUUUAUUUGCUUGAGACGUUGGUGCAUCGCGGCGAAAGUCUUGUUGCAUGGAAAGUAUGGAACACAUUUGGAGUAGAGCUAGAGCAGUCUCCUCCCGCUGCAACAGAGUUGAUUGUAGUCAUAUCGUUGGAGUUGGAUUUGUGGGAGCGCGCGCUGUCUUUGAUUCGCAGGCAGAAGCGUCCUGACUUACUAGAUUUGCUAUUCAAGUGGUUGAUGAAAAGUUAUCGUCUAAAGGAGCUAGUUCAGAGUGUGACCUUGCUGCCUGUGGAAGAGAAGUUAUUCCAUACAUGUAUGAUGGAGUGCAACAUUAUAAUGGAUGAAGAUGUUCUCCGCGAUGACAACAUCAAGCGUGUAGAUUUCCUCGUGAUGUACUAUGUUCUCAGGAAUAAGUACGAGCAAGCCUGGCAUGUUCACCACGAACACCUGGCAAUGAUUCGAGCUAUGUCCCGUGGUGAUACCGAGAUUGCGUUGGCUGCGUUGGGCCAGCCAAGCUUGCGCAUUCGUGCCGCGUUGCUCUCUAACAUGUGUCCCGAGCCUACUCCAAAGUCGUAUUCACAAAGAAGUAGGAACGCCAAUGCGCAAUGUGAAGGCCGACAGCGUCAACGUUCUGUUCAGCCUGCUCUGUUCGAAAAUGUGGAGAUGAAAGACGUAUCCGAUUCCAAAACAUCGGCGCGGACAACCUUCGAACCAACUAAACCAAUUUCUAGGAAGGUCUGUGCUGAGGAAAAACAAACCACACCUUUCGGAAGUGCUUUUGUUGAUGAAGAAACGGAGCCUUUAACACGUUUUCAAGAAAUGGUGGACACAGGUAAAUUUUGCUACUCUCCUGGUGUUUUUUCGUCUCGGCGGGGAUCCAGUGUUUCGACUCGGUCUGCUGAACCACCUACACCUGUUGCAGCCGAUAAGAAGACUCCAACGCUUUUGAAAGACAGAGGAAAGGUGGGUAUCAGUGCUGGGUCUGUCGAUUUGAGUCCGGACUCACCUUUGCACACGCUCACCAAACUGAAGUCCAUUGCCGCCAAUGUCACUGGGUUACGUGAUGUUGCUCGCCAAUCUCUGAACUUUGGGCCGUCGCCGGCAAAGCCUUCCAGCGCACCGUCUACACCGUUGCAGCAUCCUGUAUCCUCGUUUGGUGAUCGUCGCCCACUUGGCACACCGCCCAUGCGAACCAAGAUUAAUCCUAUUUUCGCAUCCACAUCUUUGCCGCCGUAUGUGUCGAAAGCCGGAGGCUCUACUAAUGACUUUUCGCUGAAGCCACGCAAUGUCGAAUGCGUGACUGACAUUAGCUCUCCAGUUGAAGUACAGAGCCCUGCAACGGUGGCCACUGAUGUACCUGAGAAUCGGACGGUGCAGCAGGCCUCGACGCCACCCCCUGAUUUAGACUCUGCUGCUGUCGUGGUGACCCCAAAGCGAUACCAAUUCGUACGCGAGCCAUUAACAAAUCCCCGACUUGAAGUAGCGCACUCAAAUUCAGAUUAUCCGAUGUCACCAGCGACAGAAGAACUCGAAGGCAUGAUGGAGCCGGAGCGCAUUGACGAGGAGUUUAGCACGCCAAUUUCUCGUUUAAGAGGACGGCGGAAGGAACCAGCAAGCGCUCCCGUGCGUCGCAACCCCCCGACGGUCCACUCGUCAAAAGUACUAGAUCCAAUAUUGCAGCUUCGUGUCUGA